AUGCUAAAUACUUCCCCCAUAAAUAUUGAUCAGUGGCUCCAGGACAAUGGCCACUUGUUGCAGCCUCCUGUCAACAAUUACUGCUUGCACAGAGGUGGAUUCACGGUGAUGAUCGUGGGAGGUCCCAACGAACGGACCGACUAUCACAUCAAUCCAACACCGGAGUGGUUCCACCAAAAAAAGGGCCAUAUGACCUUACGUGUCGUGGACGACACCUUGGAAGGUUCUGCUCGUUUCAAAGACGUGACGAUCCAAGAGGGCGAUUCGUUCCUGUUGCCCGCAAAUGUGCCACACAACCCGGUCCGGUACGCUAACACAGUGGGAAUUGUCGUGGAACAAGAUCGGCCCGAGGGCCAGCACGACAUGCUGAGAUGGUACUGCUCCAAGUGCCAAUCCGUGGUGUGUCAGUUUGACUUCCAGAUGCGAGAUUUGGGUACGCAGGUGAAAGAGGGUAUUUUGACGUUCGACAGUGAUUUGAAGCACAGAAUCUGUCCCAGCUGUGGAACCGAGAACUAUUCCAAGCCUCAAUAG